AAAAGUUCAGUAGGCGCUACGUAAACAAACUUUGCGGUUAGUCUGCAUCUGGGGUGUCCAGAACGACCGGUUCUUUCGUUAGGUACUAAGAUGAACUUGGCAAUCAAACGGCUAGUUAUCAGCAACGAUAAGGCACUAGCGUUCAAGGUACUUCUGGGGUUAAAAUAAACUCCAUUUAUCAGUGUACUUCGAUUAACGAACAGUGCACAAAAUGACACCCAAUAUUAAGGACGAUGGUGAAUGGAGAGUAUCGGGAAUAUCGAGGAAUUACCCGAGCUAUCGCCAGAAUCGACCGAUUACCAGUGAAAGCUGGCUGGAGGGGAAAAAUGUAGAUGACGAGGCCGAAGGUCUUUGGCGCAUAAACGAUACGCUCUACGACUUAAGCGACUUUGCCGCUCGCCAUCCGGGUGGCUCAUCUUGGAUUGAGUGCACCAGGGGCACGGAUAUCACCGAGCCCUUCGAGUCACAUCAUAUCGAGGAGCGAGCUCGAGGAAUGCUGAGCAAAUUCGAGGUGCGAAAGGCUGCAAGGCCAAGGAACUACAAGUUCACUCUUGAAGAGAAUGGUUUCUACAUGACACUGAAGCGGAGAGUGCGUGAAAAGCUGAGGAAGAUCGAUUACUCUCCCACUAAGAAAACCGAGUUUCUCCAUCUUGGUAUCUUGGUGUCCGUCUUCCUCUUCAGUUGGGCAGGCACUGCUCUGGACUCAUUGAUCUUCAAGGGACUAGCUGGAUUGGCGCUUUGCUGGGUGGCCACCUCGACCCACAAUUAUUUCCAUCAACGGGACAAUUGGCGGAUGUACACUUUCAAUCUGACCAUGAUGAACUUCCGAAACUGGCGAAUUUCUCACGCCCUAUCACACCAUGUUUACGCUAAUUCUCUGCACGACCUGGAGAUGUCCAUGUUUGAGCCGUUCCUAUGCUGGAUUCCGGAUCGUCAUUAUGCCAGUAAAACUCAGCGAUUGAUCUCAGUGAUUAUCAGCCCCGUGGUGUAUGUGGUCCUGUUCCAAGGACAGUUUCUCAUACGCCUGGUCCUUUCCCUGACCAAAAGAAACCUUCUGCGCUGGGAUGAUCUCAUUGGAUUCAGUCUGCCCAUCUUUAUAUAUUUAUCCACUGGUGUUGGCCUGUUGAGUGCACUUCUAAGCUGGGAAAUAAUUAUAUCGGUUGGGAGCUUUAUCUUCGGACUUAUUGGUCUCACUGCUGCCCACCAUGAUCCUCGCAUUCUACACGAUGGGGAUGCCCAGCGACAGGACUUCGAUUGGGGUCUUUACCAAGUGGACACGAUUAUAGAUCGCGGAGACAUCAAGUGGUCGGAUCUACUGGUGCUCACCCACUUUGGUGAGCAUGCUUUGCAUCACCUUUUUCCCACACUGGAUCAUGGGGUGCUAAAGCAUCUGUAUCCUGAGUUGAGGCAAACCAUGAAGGAGUUCGACGUGGAACUGCGAGAGAUCAAUCACUGGAGUCACAUUAAGGGACAGAAUCAGCAAUUGCUAAGAAUAGAGAAGAAUCCAAUUCCACCGGGUAGUAAAAAGCUGAAGUAGAUGGCUGCUGGGAUUUUAGUGAUAAUUGGGGAGGGUAAUGGGUAUUCCGAAAAAAGUUUAUAAUAAAGAAUAAUUUUGGGUAAAUUAGGCAAAAAA